UGCAGUAGUGCCAGUAAAGCAGCCUCUACUCUAUAUAUCAGCAAGACCCGGCAAGUCUCGAUCCAAAUCAAAGCCAGCGGUUAGAGCAGAGCACGUACGGGUGGUGUGGAGUAGUACUGGAGCAGAGAAAGCAAUGAAGGGCCGGCUGAUCACCGUGCUGAGCAUCGACGGCGGCGGCAUCCGCGGCCUCAUCCCCUCCACCAUCCUCGCCUGCCUCGAGUCCAAGCUCCAAAACAUAGACGGGCCGGGCGCGCGGAUCGCGGACUACUUCGACGUGAUCGCGGGGACGAGUACGGGGGCGCUGCUGACCUCCAUGCUGGCGGCGCCAGGAGACGACAAGCGGCCGGUCAAGGCCGCCAGCGAGCUCAAAGACUUCUACCUGGAGAACGGUCCCAAGAUCUUCCCGCGGAAGAAGCUCGGGUUCCUGAACCCGGCGGCAAACCUUUUCGGCGUCGUGACGGGCCCGAAAUACGACGGGAAAGCCCUCCACGACAAGAUCAAGGAGCUCACCCGGAAGACCAAAAUCAAGGAUACGGUCACCAACAUCAUCGUGCCCACCUUCGACGUCAAGAACCUGCAGCCCGUCAUCUUCUCCACCUACGAGGCCAAGGAGGACCCCCUCAAGAAUGCGUACCUCUCAGACAUCUGCAUCAGCACCACGGCGGCGCCGAUCUACUUCCCGGCGCACUUAUUCAAAACCUACCACAAAGGCCCAAACACGGAGGUCACGGACAAGGAGAGAGAGUACAACCUCAUCGACGGCGGGGUCGCCGCCAACAACCCAACCAUGGUGGCCAUGACGACGAUCAUCACCAGGCAGGUGUCUGUCGGGAACCUAGACUUCUCACCCAGGAACCACGCCGAGGACAACAACUUCCUCAUCAUCUCUCUCGGGACGGGAUACACCAGGCCGGAGGAGGAGUACACGGCACCGAAGUGCGCCAAGUGGGGAGCCCGGCAGUGGAUCUACAACGGCGGGUUCACACCAAUGAUCGACAUUUUUUCGCAUGCCAGCGCCGACAUGGUGGACAUCCACGUCAACGUGCUCUUCAAGGCGCUCCGCAUGGAGGAGAACUACCUCCGGAUCCAGUACGACUCCCUGAAGGGCGACACCUCGUCGAUGGACCUCGCCACGAAUAAGAACAUGCACGCGCUCAUAGGGAUCGGGGAGAAGCUGCUCAAGAGUAAGGUGGCCAGGGUCAACAUCAACACCGGGGUGCAUGAAACCGUGGAGGGGAAGGGCACCAACGAGGAGGCGCUGGCAAGGUUCGCCACGACGCUCGCCGAGGAGCGCAAGCUGCGUCAGGUCAACGUCAACUCCUACUAGAGCUGCUAAACAGAGUGAUUUGUCCAACUCCAAGUAUGAAACGUAUGUCCUGAAGAUGCAUGCAUCGUAGGACUGCUGCGGUGAUAUUUUUAAUGUAACUAGCACAGGGGCCUGCACAACACCUUAAUUAGUCUCCAGCAUUUCUUUAUUAACUUAAAAUAACUGAGGUCCUGUACUCCUUGCCAUUCAUGAAAAUUGAUCAAAAUUCAAGAUGUAUGUAUAUAUAUUAGUCAAUAGAGAAGACCUGGGGUGAGCUCAUUACAAAA